AUGCCAUCGGAACGGGUAGUAUUGCCGACCUUUGGGUUCGGUGAUCUGUCUCGUGAGGAAAUCAAUGCUGUCCUUAGUCAAGCAGGUGUAUCAUUAGCACCGCCAAAGAAGACUCCAUUUGCCACUGGUAUCAGACCCAAGAAACGAUCUCAACCAAAACCACCCACUGUUCAAGAGCCAUCAUCGACGACGACGACAUUGUCAUCACCAGUAGCUCCAACACCUCCAGCAUCAGCACCUGUGACAACUGUGACAACGCCUAAACCCAAUGGAAAUGCAUCCACGGCAGCAGCAGCAACGACGGUAGAAGAAUCAGCACCUAAAGCCAAUGGUAUUCCUACACCGUCACCAGCACCUUCGACAGCAUCAUCACCUGUGAACAAAGAAGCUGCUCCAAAAGCUAAGCCAUCAAGUUGGGCAGCAUUGUUACGAGCACCCAAAGAAAAGGAAGCCGCAGCCAAGAAUAAAGCUACAUCGAAUGCAGCCGCAGCAUUGACUGCAUCCAAGGCAACCAAUGUUGCAUCCAAGGCAGCUACUAUGACGACAUCUCAGCAACCACCCACUGUGCAACCAAAGUUUAUGGGAAUUGCCGACAUUAUCAAUCGCUAUGAACCACGCUACGAUGUCCCACUCUUGGAGCCACGUGGUAUGAUCAACAACGUCAACACAUGCUUCAUGAACGUCAUUUUGCAGCCUUUAUCCCAUUGCCCACCAUUCUACAAUCUGCUAAAGACGAUCGGUAACCAUGUUGUGCACUCAUUCAAGAGCAAGACACCAUUGUUGGAUUCAAUGAUUGAGUUUGUGAAUGAAUUCCGACCCGAAUCCACUGUGAACCCAGCUGAUCACAAUCCGGAACCUUAUGGCGAACCCUUUGUGCCUGAAUACGUUUAUGAUGCUCUUCGUGGCCAAAAGCGAUUUGAUUCAUUAAGGGGUCGUCAAGAGGAUGCUGAGGAAUUCCUUUGCUUUUUGUUGGAUGGAUUGCAUGAAGAAAUGGUUUCUGUUCUAAAGGAAAAGAAGCAGCAGGAUGAAAAGGCAGCCAAUGGCAAUGGAUGGGUUGAAGUUGGUCCCAACAACAAAACAAGCAACUUGCAAGUGGCUGGAUUUGACGAAUCACCUAUCAGCAAGCUCUUUGGAGGCAAGAUGCGAUCCACCUUGCGUUGUCCAGGCGCCAAAGAUUCGGUCAACCUUGAACCCUUCCAAUCGUUGCCUUUGGAUAUUCAACCUGAGAAUGUGGAGUCGAUUGAGGAUGCUAUUCGCAAUAUCACUGUUCCUGAAAUCAUGCACGAUUUUAUGUCUCCCAAAAAAGUGCGUGUCGAAGCUACCAAGCAAGUGUACCUGGAAACGCUACCACCUGUGCUUGUCCUCCACAUGAAGCGAUUUGUCUUUGAUAACGUUGGUGGUGUACAAAAGUUGCAAAAAUCAGUCAAGUAUGAUUCUCAAUUGACGAUCCACCCCGAAUGGAUGACACCCGUACAUCGAUCAGGUACCCCAGCUACCUAUAAGCUAUUUGGAAUUGUUUACCAUCAUGGUACCUCAGCUGGUGGUGGACAUUACACUUGCGACAUUCGAAGACAGAAUGGUCAAUGGUUGCACAUCAACGACACCAACAUCAAGCCACUUUCAGAACGAGACGUGCUAUUGACCGAUAAGAAUACCCGAGCAAUCGACACCAUCCACACUGAGCAGACACCCUACAUCCUCUUUUACAUGAAAGCAUGA